ACCUCCCCUGUCUCCAUUUUCGCCGCACACAAGUUCUCAGAUUAACACAACACUCUUCAGUUAAACUUUCUCAAAGAAGCUUUUUCCAUAAUUCUUCAACAGACAUGGCGUCUUCUCUCGCUCUUAAGAGACUUGUAUCUUCCUCCAUCGUUCCACGUUCCCGUAGCGUUCUUCGUCCAGCUGUUUCCUCUCGCCUCUUCAACACCAACGCCAUAAGAUGCUACGACGAAGACGGCGAUGAUCUAGACCGGCGCUCUGAUCGCUCUGUUUCUCGCCGCCGUGGCGAUUUCUUCUCAGAUGUGUUUGAUCCGUUUUCGCCGACGAGAAGCGUUAGCCAGGUGCUGAAUCUGAUGGACCAGUUUAUGGAGAAUCCUCUGUUAUCAGCUACGCGAGGCAUGGGAGCUUCAGGAGCUCGUCGUGGUUGGGAUAUCAAAGAGAAAGAUGAUGCUCUGUACCUGAGGAUCGACAUGCCUGGACUGAGCAGAGAGGAUGUGAAGCUUGCUCUGGAGCAGGACACUCUUGUGAUUCGUGGAGAAGGGAAGUACGAAGAAGAUGGCGGCGAGGGGGAAGGAGGAGAGAGCGGGAGCAGGAAGUUCACUAGCAGGAUUGGAUUGCCGGAGAAGAUUUACAAAAUCGAUGAGAUCAAGGCGGAGAUGAAGAACGGAGUUUUGAAAGUUGUGGUUCCGAAGAUGAAAGAAACAGAGCGUACCGAUGUGCGUCAGAUCGAUAUCAACUAAAAAAAACGUCGUCGUUUUGUUUAGUGUUGUUUUUAUUGAUAUGUCUUUUGAAUGAAGUGUUUGUGGUCGAUGUUGAAGACUUGACUGAAGGAUUCCUCUUUUACGUUUCUUGAAACGGUUGUUUUUGUCUUUGCUUUAGAUCAGUGUAUUUUGCUGCUUAUGCACAAAUUAAUAACUUAAUAAGUGUAUCGUGCUAGGUACCUUUUAUGGACCUAUGGUUGAUUAAUA